ACCCCGCGCCGUGGUGGCUGCAGCCACCCUGUCCCCCAGGAGCCGCCCCAGGCGCAGAGCUCUCCCGCUGCCCAGGAGCCUGGGGACCGAUUGGCUCAGGAACCUUCCGGAAGCGCGGCGUUGGAGCCCGGGUUGACCACUACCAUACAGAGCCGCGGGAGACCUGACGAAGGACUAGGGGGGAACCCGGCGGCCGGACCGUCUCGGAGAGUGGACAGACGUUCCAGUGUAGUCAGUGACCUUGCACGAUUCUAAAUCAUGGAGGCCAAUCAGGAAACUUCUCUCUUCUUGGUGAAGAUCUUGGAGGAGCUUGACAGCAAGCAAAAUACGGUUUCUUAUCAGGACCUGUGCAAAUCCCUGUGUGCCCGGUUUGAUCUCCCGCAGCUUGCCAAGCUGAGAAGUGUGCUUUUCUACACAGCUUGUCUUGACCCCAACUUUCCAGCCACAUUAUUCAAAGACAAGAUGAAAUGCUCUGUAAACAACCAGCAAUCAAAGAAAAUCAUGGUAGCAGCGGAUAUUGUGACAAUCUUCAACUUGAUCCAAAUGAACGGGGGUACUGCCAAGGAGAAGCUGCCUACAGGCUGCCAGAAGGUUCGCAAGAAAGAGGCAUCCUUUGAAUCCUGCAGAUCAGACACCGAGAUCUGCAGUGCGGCAGAAUGCGAGCCGCUGAACUGUGAGCUGAAUGAGAGGCCCUUCAGUCGAGGCUACCCCACCAGACAGUCAUCCAAGUGCCGGAAGAUGGACCGGAAGGACUGCCCCCAGUUUGUCCCUGCCUCUGAGCCCAACUUCUUGUUGGGUGUCAGCAAAGAGGUCAAAAAUAGAGCAGCUUCCCUGGACAGGUUACAGGCCCUGUCCCCAUACACCGUGGCCAGCCCUCAGCCUUGUGAGAUGCAGAGGACCUAUUUUCCCAUGAACAUCGAGAACGACUCCAUAUCAGAUCAGGACUCUUUGCCCAUCAGCCAAGGCAUCAAGGAAACUUUUAUCUCCAGUGAGGAGCCAUUUGUCGUUCAGUCCUGUGUCCAAAAAAGGAACAUCUUCAAAGAAGAUUUCCACAACCUCAUGACUGUGUCCCCCGGUUUGGUGGGCCCCACUAACAAAGCAGAGGGUGAACACAGGGAGCCCCAGAGUCAAAAGUCACCUCAUAAGCCACCCUUCUUUAAUCACAGCUUUGAGAUGCCCUAUCACAGCCAGUACCUGAAUCCCGUGUAUUCUCCUGUUCCUGACAAAAGGCGGGCAAAGCAUGAAAGCUUAGACGACCUUCAAGCCUCCACCUACUUUGGACCCACUCCAGUGAUGGGAACCCAGGAUUCCAGGCGCUGUCCAGGGAGGCCCAAUAAACAGACACCAUGGCCAGCCAAAAGCUGGAGCUUAAACACAGAGGAGGUCCCUGAUUUUGAACGGUCCUUCUUCAACAGAAAUCCCUCUGAAGAGAAGCUACGCUAUCCAAAUUCUGGUAGCCAGACUCCCAAUUUCUCUGCCCCCGACAGGCACCCAGCUUAUCUGGUGCCCAAGGAUCAACCGCAGAUCCUCCCCGUUGGCUAUGCAGUGAAACCAAAUGGACUCAAAUCUAAAGAGAUCUCAUCCCCUGUGGACCUGGAGAAGCACGAAGCCGUUAAGAAGUUCAAGGACAAGAGCAUCGGCUGCACCAGUGGGCAGCUCAGUUCGGACACCAGCAGUGUGGGCACGCAGACUGAGCAACAUGCUCUGGAGCACAAAAAAUGCAAAGACUUGUGCGGCUCUGGCCAGGGCAAGUACAGUGACAGGCAUGCCAUGAAGCACUCGGAUGAUGACUCAGAAGUCGUCAGCGACGACAUCAGCGACAUUUUCCGAUUUCUUGAUGACAUGAGCAUCAGUGGCUCCACAGGAGUGAUCCAGUCAUCCUGCUACAACAGCACUGGGUCCUUGUCUCAGCUUCAUAAGUCAGACUGCGACAGUUCCCCCGAGCACAACCUCACCAAAAUCUCCAAUAGCGUCUCCAAUAGCAAAGGAGACAAGUGUAACCGGCCGGAAACCAUCCACCACUCAGAGGAAGAGCUGAAGACGAGCGUGUGCAAACUGGUGCUCAGGAUCGGGGAGAUCGAACGGAAACUGGAAUCCCUGUCGGGUGUCCGUGAGGAAAUCUCCCAGGUCCUGGGCAAACUGAAUAGACUGGAUCAGAAAAUGCAGCAGCCGGAGAAGGUGAAUGUGCAGAUUGACCUGAACUCACUGACCAGCGAGGCUCCUUCGGAUGACAGCGCCUCUCCGCGUGUGUUCCGGGCACACAGCAGCUCCCAGGGCCCCAAGCUGGAGGGCAACCCUGAGUGGUGCUGCUCCGAUGCCAGUGGAAGCAACAGCGAGAGCCUACGAGUCAAGGCUCUGAAGAAAAGUCUCUUCACCAGGCCAUCCUCCAGGUCCCUAACCGAGGAGAACAGCGCCACGGAGUCUAAAAUCGCCAGCAUUUCCAACUCUCCCAGAGACUGGCGAACCAUCACCUACAACAACCGCAUGGGCCUCGGGGAGCAGGAGAUCAAAGACGCGGGCCCAGGGGAGAAUAAGGACUGGCACCGGAAGUCCAAGGAGGCAGACAGGCAGUAUGACAUCCCUCCACAGCAUCGGUUGCCCAAGCAGCCCAAAGAUGGCUUCCUGGUAGAGCAAGUGUUCAGCCCUCACCCCUACCCUGCCUCCCUCAAGGCCCACAUGAAGAGCAACCCUCUGUACACGGACAUGCGGCUGACCGAGCUAGCCGAGGUCAAGCGGGGCCAGCCUUCCUGGACCAUCGAGGACUACGCUCGGAACACCGGGGACAAGGGCAAGCUAACUGCUCUGGACUUGCAGACACAGGAAUCUUUAAACCCAAACAACUUAGAAUACUGGAUGGAAGACAUUUACACUCCCGGCUAUGACUCACUACUAAAGCGGAAGGAAGCUGAGUUCCGACGAGCCAAGGUCUGCAAGAUAGCUGCUCUGAUCGCCGCUGCUGCAUGCACCGUUAUUCUAGUCAUCGUGGUGCCCAUCUGCACAAUGAAGUCGUGAGCCUGUGGACCCGCCGUGACGUGCAGCUUGCAGCGCCCACUGUCUUCCUCUGUGUUUCCAAAACUCGCUGUGGUGGGGCCACGGUUUGUGGAAAUAGAGACCAAAGCCUGGAUGGAUGCUUUUCUCUGCAGAUGUUGAAGGUGGUUGCUGGAGAGAGAACACACACUAAGGAGAACCUACCAACCCGAUAGGCUGAACUUAGUUACCCUCUCAUGCAUUGUCAGAAGUGCAAUAGCUUUUCCUACCUACAGAUUUAGUGGGCUUUCAGUACAUACAAGUCAAAUAUGCCAAGCAAAAAUAAAAGGAAGGUUAAUUGGAUUCAUUCUGUCUUGGUGAUGUCUCACGGUGGGGAUUAAGUUAUACAGAAGAUAUUUAAUUUAAGCUGCUCUUUGGGGGAGCUGAGGGUGGUAGCAAGAUGAGAAGGAAGAGAAAUGUGAGCCGGUUUCCUUAACAUGUCUGAGAUGGUUGCUGGUAAAGUUCCCAGAGAGGGGUGCAUCAAGGGUGUGACUUCCUGUGGACUUUUCUCAAGGGCUCCUGACUUCAUGCUUGCCCUUCUUUCACUGUCACAGUAGAAUGUCAGGAUCAUUUCAGAUCUCCACAGCAACCUUCUGCACUUUCUUGUGCCAAAGGUAGGCAGGAGCGGAGCUGCCAAGCCAGGCAUGGCGUGAAGUGUGGUCUUUCUGCAUCAUGGACCAAGGUACUCAGAAUAGGCAACCUUCCUAUUGUCCCCAAACCAUGGCGCGGGGCAGCUUGCUAGUGCGGUAAACUCCGUAUUUGAAGAUAGUAGUCACCCCAAGGGAUAUUCCAUCUUUGCCUCUGUGUACAGAUCCACUCUAACUCCUGAUGGUGCCUGAGGCUCUGCUCUGAAGAGUUUGGAACUUGUCCUUGUGCCUUGAAGACUAGAGACAAUGGGGAAACUUUGACAUUCUGUAAACCAAGUUACCGUGCAUCACUGGUACCAGCCGUUUCCAAUGGCUUUUGGAGGCCUGUGCGAUAGUGGGGUAGAGGCACGGGCUCUCCUCAGCUACUGCAGCGUCUACUCCACAGUUCUGAAUAUUUGUCAGCAGUGCAAAAAAAAAAAAAAAAAAAACAAAAAAAUGUCUCUAUUUAACCAUUUAUCUAACUACAUGUCUAACUAAAGUUACCUGAUUUUUGUUUGCUGUCUUCACUGUUAAGUAACUUGAGAGCAAGGUUUUUCCAGUGUACAAGAAGCUGUUGUGAUUUCAUCAGAGUUUGAUCUCAGUUUCCACUUGCUGAAUGGUGCUUUGACAAUGAUUGGACAGAAAGUCUCCUCAACCAGUUACAGGCUAAAAAACAAAAAAGUGAUUGACAGAAACUAGCAACCUUAACUUCUUUGGAUACAAAGUGAAACGCACAUGCUUUUUAGUAGUGAGAAUAAUCAUUGUGGAACGUCUGCUAAAUUCCUGCAAGUGGGGUUUGGGAUACAUUUCAAUUUUUAAAGCAAUAGGAGUCUGACAUCCAUCCUGAACAAUUCCAAAUAAUGCUUAGCUUGCCACACUUGGUUCUACUAUCUGCUAUAAAUGGAUAGUCCAUGUCCAUUAUGAUUUUAGCAAAUGAGGGAUGGAUGUUCUGAUUUUUAGAGAUCCUUGUGUAAUCUAUCUCCUGUGUUUAUGUGUGGAUUUCCAAUUGGGUGGCUGAAAUGAAAGCCUUAGUGUGGAGGAUUUGUCAUUGAAAAUGUUGUCAAAAUUGUACUAGCGGUGGUCUGUUUUAGACUGGGCACUCAACAAUGGUUGUCUCACCCCAAAGAGGAGACUAGGUGACCUCCUUGGAAUUUCUGUCCCAGCUUCCCCUCUUCAGCCAGUAAGACUAUCCCACCUUCCAGUCCCAGCAUCUGCCUUUCACACAUGAAGCUGCCUGAUCUUCAGAAGCAGUCAUUCUCCACUUCCACACCUGGGAUGAGCAGAACAGCAGGCGUGUACUCACCUGGACAAGAAAAAUCUUAUCAAGUCCGAACCAACCCCUCCAUAUGACAGGUGCGAUUAUGGAGCUGGAACAGACCACUUUUGCCACCUCUCCUGGGUAAACCUAUUACUUAGGGGCCCAACUGGUAGGGGGGGAAGGCAGUGGUGGGUUCAUGUGCCUGGAAGCCUCGGGAGGGCAUGACUGUAUGCCCAAGGCACACUAUAUAAGUGAAAGGACCCUGGAGAGUUUCUCUUUGCCUUUUUCAUAUCGAGAGAGGUAGCCAAAGAAAUCCUGUCUUCCUCUAAGUCCAGUAUAACUUUAAAAUUACUUCUAUGCUGUUGAGGAGACAUCCAGACCCAGGAACAACCCAGGAAACCAGAUCAUGGAAGCAAGGAAGGAGGUCUUCCCUGGAAAGGGGGUAUUCUCUGGCAGAGUACCCAGUCUGGUGAUGAAGUGAUGCACCUUUGCCCCAGAUCCUGGGGGAUCUUCAGAUCCAUGAACAGUGACAUUCAUGGUUAGAUCCUUUUUCUCAUUGACACCAGGCUUUCUUUCCAUGGGCCCCUGAUUCAUCCUAGCUCCUCUAAUUCCACAGUUUGAAGAAUGGAGCAAGACAGAGCCUAGGUGAGAGAAAAAUACCAAUCACCACUCUAAUCCAAGCCUUUCAUCUCCUACUACAGUGAACCCCCCCUCCCCACCACCCCAAGGUGAAGGUGACUGGCUAAUCUUUUGUACUGGGUGUCAUUUUCUACCACACACACUGGCUUUUUUUUUUUUUUUUUACAUAAAGUACUUUUUUAUUGUACUGAAGUCUAAAGUUACUAUAUGAUCAAAAUUCACUUCAUUUUUCUUGCAUUUUACAAACAAAUAAUCAAAUGAGGUUACCAUGGGAGGGAUUGUUUUGUGAUGGGUUGUCUUAGCGAGUGAUUACAUUUGGAAUCAUUUUACCCUCUUUUCUAAUCCAAAUCCGCCUUGCAGCAAACAAACAAGCAAACAAAAGAGCAUUUCUGCUCUCUGCUGUCAGGCAUUUUAAUCCAGCACUCACUUGUUGAAACUUCUGAUACCGUGAGGCCCGUCAUGCUUACACACGUCAUCCUUUACCAGCUGAUCAUAGACCGUCCAGAUUGUAUGGAAAGUAGCCAUGUGAAUACCUGCAAAGAUAGAUCAAAAUCACUGUUCCGAAUGCCCACUCCUUUGUUCCGGUUGUCUUGACUCCUUGUAGGAUUCAAGUCAGUGUGGAUUUUGUUUACAGUGACACCUUAUUUGUUUGUUGUUUAUUUGUUUUUAGACAAAAAAAAAUCCCUCUAAUAAAAGUUAAAGCUAUAAGAGAAUUUGUACGUGUUGAAAUUUAACAUGCUUCACAUUGUAACCAACCUGUAAGAAUAUUGUGGUCAAUUAUGUGAAUACCAAAUCAAUAUAUACUCUAUAUUGUACUACAGAACUUUGUAUUUUAAGGCAAAGAUAUGAGUAAAUUGUUGGUAUACUGGAGGAAUAUUAGAUAUUUAUUAAGUGAUAAUGAGAAAUGCAACAAACUUCCUUAUUUAUGCCUUAUGAACAAAAGAGUGUGAAAUGUAAGAUGAAAUUUUAUGUACAAGACCCCAAGGGGAUGAAAAUGCUUGAAGGCAGGGACUGGGUCUUUUCUAUAUUUGUUCUGUAUAGCUCUUAGCACACUCUUGGUGCUUGAUAAAUGUUAUAUACUACCAAUAACUAAGCACAUUUUUAGAUCUUUUUUCAAAUGGCUUGUGUAAAAUUUGGUUAAUGUACAAUGGUUGGUUUGAAGCUAUCAUGUAAAAUCUGCCUCGCCAAA